UCAACAUGGCCGACAUCAAGCACAAGUUGAAAAAAUACAAGCAGUAUUUUGAAGCAAACCCCGAUGGUGAUAAGGUGUUAUCAGUAUUAAGAAAGUUAGAUGCUCUGCCUGUAUCUAUUGCACUGUUACAGGAUACAGGCAUAGGAAAGGUGGUCAAUAGUUUCCGUAAAAAGCCUGAUGAAAUUGGUGCCUUAGCCAAAUCCAUUGUAGCGAAAUGGAAGACGCUUGUUACUCGAGAAGCGAAAAAAACGACACAGCAAGUAGAAUUGAACGAAGAACAGUAUGUUCCUGAUUCGAGUCGGAAACCACAAAAAUAUGAAGUAACUUAUAAGCCUACUCCAAUUGGAGAAGAGAGUCCAUCUGGUAAUGAAUACAGUCCUCAACAUGUGGAACAAAGUUACAGCCCAGAGCGUCUUCCAAGAGAAGAGUCCAUAGAACCACACUACAGUCCUGGUAAACAAUCUGAAGAAAACUCAGAUGAUGAGGAAUACCAUCCUAGAAGUCUGUCUCCAAAAUAUUCUAAAAAGGUUGGCUACAGUCCCACAAGAAUAGGUGAUCGUCCAUCAGAAGGUGAGGAUGAAGAAUAUGACCCUGAAAAUGUAGCAGUUAGCAAUGAUCAGGUGUACAGUCCUAAAAGUGUUUCUGACAAUGAUGCAUAUGAUGUUGCUACUCCAGAAGCAUCUGCAAGUGAACAAUCUGCAUCUGAAGAUGAAGAGUACAAUCCGUCCUGCGUAACCAAAGAAUCAAGUAAAUAUCAAGCUUCAUACACACCCACUCCUAUAUCGGAAUCAGACAAACCACAUAAAUCUAGUAAGGACUCUAAGUAUAACAAAAAAGACAGUUCUAGUUCAGGUAAAUAUCAAAGUAAUAGUUCAGAUAGAACAAAACAUAGUUCACAUGGUGAUAAACAUAGUUCACAUAGUAAACAACAUAGUUCACACAGUGAUAAAAGUAGUUCACACAGUGAUAAACAUAGUUCACACAGUGAUAAACAUAGUUCAAAAAAUGAUAAACAGUCCACUGGAAACGAUAAAUAUAGUAUUAAAAGUCAUAAACAAAGUUCCAAUCAGGACAAACAUGAUAGUUCAAAAGUUAAACAAAGUUCUAAAAAUGAUAAACAAGACAGUGAAAAAUAUAGAAAUGGCAGUUCAUCAUCCAAUCAGAGUGUCAACACAUCUAGUAGUAAAAAAUCGUGUGAUAAAAAGACUAGCAGCUCUGAUAAAAAGACUACUAGCAGUGAUAAACAUUCUAGCUCAAAUGCUAAAGAUUCUAGACAUAGCGAUAAAAAGUCUAGCUCAUACGAUAAAGAUAAAUCUUCUGUUGAGGGACAUAAAAAGUCUAUUUCAGUUAACACACUACCUAGUUCUAGCGAUAAAAGGCCCAGUUCUGGUGAUAAACAUUCUAGUACUAGUAAUAAUAAGCCAAGUUCAAGCAGUAAACAUUCUAGUUCCAGUGAUAAAAAGUCUAGCAUCAGUAAUAACAGACCUAGUUCUAGCAAUAAACAUUCUAGUGAUAACAGAACUAGUUCUAGCAGUAAACAUUCCAGUGAUAAAAGUCCUAGGUCUAGCGAAAAGCUUUCUAGUUCCAGUGAUAAAAAGUCUAGUAGUGAUAAACUUUCGAGCAACGAAAAAGCUACAAAAAAAUCUAACCAUCAACACACUGAAAUUAAAAAGUCUAAAUCGGACAAACCAAAAAGUGAAAAACGAAAAAUACAACCUAUGGUUGAUACUUCAGAUUUAUUUAGUCCAGAUGAAACUGCGGUCAUUAAAAAAGUCAAAGCUGUGCAUCGAAAACCGGAAGAAAAUACGAAAUCCACGAAAAACAUAUCACAUGAUGAGAAAAAGGACUCUAAAAGUAAAUCUUCAUCUUCAAGUGCUGUUAAAUCACACAGUAAGGCAAAACUUGAUAAAACAAGCUCAGAUUCAAAGUCUAGUUUUUCCACUAAAGGAGAAAAAAGAAAAAAAGACGAAGAUGGAGAUGAGAUAGAACCAGCAAAUGACAUCACAGAAGGGUUUUCUUUUGAUGAUUUCUUAAAUUGUGAUGUAAAGGCUGUAAAAAAGAAACCCAGAAAAGAUGUUAUCCCAGAUCUGAAGCCAACUGGAACAAAAUGGUCGUCCAGUCUCGUGUCAUCAAAACCUUCAACAUCCAGACGUGCCAAGAAUGAUGAUCUUCCUUCAACAAGUUUCAGCAUGCCUUCCCCAGCGAAACAGAAGAUUGAUAUCCAUGAAUCAGAUAUUUUAGAUUUACUCCCAGAAACUAAUGCACAUUACCGUCCAUUAUCCAAAAUUCCUGAGAGAAAACUAGAUAUGGCCACGUUUGAUCCUAUGGUGAUUGGAACUAAAACAGGAAAGAGAACGAUGGUCUACUCAGGAAAAAAACACGGACUGACAGAAAUGAAGCCAUUGUUUGGAUUGUGUAUGCAAGUAUUAAUAGACAAUAUUGAUGCUUUAGAUUAUGUUGGCUGUAUACCAUAUGAGAUAUUAAAACCAGUAUUAGAGAGAUGUACAGUACAACAAUUACUGAGAUUAGAAGAUUUAAAUCCUCAUUUUGUCGGAGAUACUGAAGAGUUAUGGGCUAUACAUUGCGAAAGAGAUUUCAAAAGAGAACAGCCAGAUGAAAUGGAAGCAUGGAGAGAAAUGUAUUUGAGAUUACAAGAAGAACGUGAAGUUAAGUUAGAGAGAUUACGUUUAAACAUGAACAAACAAGCUGCUGCUAAACCAAAGGGUCGUCAAGUACAGUUAGCAUAUGUAGACAAUUAUGUCAAGCCACCUAGAGAUGUGUUACGUAAACAACAGCGAUAUGGAACAGCGAAAAUGGUUGCUCCUAGCAACAGUUUACAUGGUGCUUCAAGCUCGGGUAAACCCCGUUCUAGUUAUAAUCCUCAUGUAGCUGUACCCCAGCCUAGAAUGACAAAAUCAGUAGCACCUAUGAUGCAGAAAAUCAACAAGUUAAUCUCCAAGCGAAGACAAUGAAGUGAAACGCCAUAAAAAAUAUUAUUUUACUCCAGGUUGUAAAUCCAGGUUGUUGUUAUCAGUCAACACUCAAAUGGCAGCAGUAGGAUUGUUAGAAUUAUAAAACUCUUCAGUUAGAAUAGAACUAUAGAACUAUUUUAUAUGGUUUUAUUGAUGCUAUGGUAGAAGAUCCACUCCUGGUUUUAAAGUGCUUGUUUCCACAAGUCAGGAUCAUGUACAUGAUCUGAAGUUGAAGUCUGACUAUGAAACAAACAUAGCCUUAGUGCAAUAAUAGGCCAGCUUUUUAUUUUUUGGCCUUCUGGUUACGAAUGACCCACCAGUAAAUAUGUGCAGGACUAAAUUCUCUAUGUAUUGGUGCAUGCUGUUGGUCUCGCAAUGAAUGAGGAUAGUUUGUGAGAUGUAAUCUUUAUAUCAAUUUGUUUUUUUGGGGGGGAAUGACAUUAUCUUCCAGCCUUAAUGCAUCGUCUCACUUCUCUAAAUUAUCAGAUGUCUCCUACCCAAGAUCUCAAAUGUUGAUUAGUGCUAAACAGAAUUAAGAAGUAAAGAAAACUUAGAACCCAAAUGAAACCAUUUGGGAAUCCAAUUUUCUAUUAACCAAAAUUGCGUUAAUGUUUUUUAAGGUUUUAAUUUUUUUUAUAAAUUUAUCUAACUUCCUAUUUUGGGAACAUAGUGUGUGAUAUAACCCUGGUGGGAGCAGACGUUAAACUUGUUUAUUUGGUUAAUCUAUAUUUAUUAUAUACGUAAAUUGGUGCAUCUAUAUUUGUAUGUAAAAUGAUCAUUGAAAGUUUGAGAUUAAUUAGGAUUGGGUUAAAUAUAGUUGAAUGCACAGAUCUGAACUUGUCUCAGGUCAUACUUUAUUAAUUAGAAUUUCUCUAUUUUAAAGAGACAAUAUCACUUUGAACAAGAAAAUUAACAUAAUUUAUUUGAUAUAUUCAAAAUAACCAUAAGUUCAUUUAAAGGGACAAUAACACUCUUGCUGACUUGACAGCUCCAGAAAAUAAAAAAUAGCCUUAUUCUAAGUACUAGAUGUGGUGUCCUACCUGUUGUGUAAAUUAUCCAUUAAAUCCUAUUUUACUUGUCCAGAGGGUUCAAAAAUAUUUUUAAAUCCAAGUCACAUUUGAAAAGCUUUACGUCAGGCUUUCAAAUCAUUUAGUUGAAUUUUUCCAAUUUUUUAAAUUAGGUGUGUUAAGAUGAAAUUUGUAUCAUCAAUUAAUUGGAAUAUUGUAAAAUAGUGCAAUUCGUUGACCAGAAUAAAGAUUGGGACAUAUUAUUCAGUGGUAUUGAACCUUUAAUCAUUGAGAAUUCAACUGAACUUAAAAACCACUGUGGGCUAUAAUAACUAUGACUCUUUUAAGACAGUUAAAAAACAACAUGGGAACUAUGAAUUCAGCAAGCCCUAACAGUAACAUACAUAAAUAAUGUUUUAUAUUAAAACUAGGGAAAUAUUGUGUGUUAUUCUUUAUACAUCUUGUCUCAUAAAUAUAUUUAAAGUGAGAGAAUGAGUAGAAUUAUUUUGUUUUCUUUAUCAAAUGAUAUAAAAUGUUUUCUAUAACAAUCCAUUAAUUAAUUAAUGGGAAUCAUUAUAAUUGACCCACCUGCACUAUUUUUAAUACAUGCACAAAAGUUUUGACUAUCUUGUGUUAUCUAGAAAUGAAUCCAAAACCACUAUUGAUUUUUUAUGGCCAAAUUUCAAAACCAAUCCCAGAUGCUACACUGUGUGAAUAUUAUGCAUAAAAUCUGAGAUGUAAAAAGUCAACUGGAAAUAUAAUUAAAGGAUACAGAAACCAAGCUGACGAUGACACCCUACAGUUAAAUGUUGAUAUUGUAUUGCAUGUUUGUUUAUAAAUAACACAAGUGAGAAGGAAAAUGAACAUUUCUUAUAAACCUUGUAUCACAUAUUGGUGAUUUAUUUUUUCGUAAUGUCCAGUAAGAUGUUGUGAAGCACAAUUUUCUGUCAUUUUCUCCCUUUAAAUUUGGAGUAUAGAUGAAGCCACAUUGAACAUUUUCAACAUGGUAAUUUAUGUACAUAUAAUAAUAUUUUUCUUUGUAUGUAAUGUAAAUGUGUGAAUGGGGUGAUUUUAUUAUUAUUAUAUGUUUACAUAUGUUCUUGAACCUAUGGCAGGUGACCAUAAAAUGUGCAAUGAGGGAUAUCAUCCUCAAGCAAAGUUUAAAAGAGGUAUUAUCGAUCACUCCCACCAAGAAAUAAAUGUAAUUCAUUUUGAACAAUGUCAUACUUGAAAUAACUGUAGACCUUCCUGUUUAUAGGAAAUCAAACCAAUGACCUACUUAAUUUAUAAAGUCAAGUAUUUUGUGCAAACAUUUGUUAAAAUAUUUAUAUUUUUAUUAAUAGGUUAUGAGAUAAUGCCUCUUUAAAUAAAUUUUGAAUUAGUGCUUAAAACCGCAGUGUGCUUAUUAUAUCAGAUCAAGGGGGGUUGUUGGAUGGUCGAAUGGUUAGCACGUGCGCGCUGUAUCAUACGGUCUGUCAUUGAGUCAACUGGUGUAGUUUCGAUUCCCCGGAUGUACGUGACAAGGAGCAGGGUUGCCUGUCCAACCUUGUGGGUUUUCUCCGGGUCCCCCUGUUUCCUCCCAUUGCUAAAGACCCCCACGUGCAAGUGAAUUAUUGAAAUAAAAUUGAACCAUGUGUCAGUCCCGAAAUGAGCUAGUUUGUGUCGAGUGGCCGUUAAACCCCAUUUCUCUGUCUCUCUCUAUAUCAUAUCAAAACAACAGGAUCUGCUUGUUUAACUCAAAAUAGCAUGCUCAGCUUGUUUGAUUAACUAAAAAUAACAGGAUCGACUUGAUUAGCUCAAAAUAAAAGGAUCAACAUGAUUAACUCGAAAUAACAGAAUCUGGUUCUUGGAUCAAGUCAAAAUAAAGUCUUGAAUUCAGUUUCUGUCAUGUUAUUUGUAUAGUGAUGAUCUCUUUCCAGUUUAGUUUUCGGAUGAGUAAAAAUGCUCAAUUUACUGAUAAUGAUCUUGUUUUGCAAAAAUGGAAAAUUUGAACAAAAAGUCAACUGGAGUGCAAAAUGUAUCAUUUUAUGAUGUAAAGUCAAAUUUGAGUGUUAUCUGGGAAUCAAAAUUUGACUCAAAUCCUGUUUAGAAAUCUGUACUGUAUUUAUAUUCAGUUUUUAUAUAUUCUCUUUUAUAUCAAUGUGUGUCCAUAGAAAAAUUGUCUCCACUUUGACUACAAUGAAUAUUGGUCAAUUGAUACUGGUUUUUCCAGACUGAUAUUUGUAGCAUUUAAAGCAAGACAAUUUGGACUGAAUACAAGAACUGAAAGAGCCUUUUAGCGACUUCUGAAAUAUUCAUCUUAACUGUCAAACAAAAUAGGUAAAACAGAUGAUAAUUACAUACAUAUUUACCUGUAAUUUUAGAAUGGCUUAAAGACAGUCAUAUUUUUUGUAUAUAAUAUUAAUUUAUUGAAUUAUUUAUUUUAUAUUUUGUAUAUAAGAUGAUAUUUAAAUGGUGGAAGUCUUUAUACCAAAUGAACAACAGUGAAAUUGUUAUACAAUAAAUGUGCUUUUGUG